AUGUCUUCUGCUGGUGUAACUACUCUUAGUCCUGUUUCCAGGGAGACAUUGUUGUCUCCGACAAAUGGAUUCUGUAAUCCAUUGCACCUGUCUAUGGAUCAUCAUGACUUUAUUUUCGUGUAUCUUUCGUAUUCGGGGUCUUUGUCUCCUAUGCGUGUUCUACCGUCUGAUACAAUUGAGUCUGUGAAACUUAAAAUACAAAGGAAUGAGGGUGUGACAAACAAACAGAAGUUGGUUUGUAAUGGGCGUGAGUUGUCGCGGAGCAAUUCUCUGCUCAAAGACUAUGGAGUUACAGAAGGAAAUGUUUUGCAUUUGGUGAUUCGACUGACGGAUCUUCAGACCAUUAGUGUGAGAACUUGUUCUGGGAAGGAGUUUUCGUUUCAGGUUGAAAGAUGCAAGGAUGUUGGGUAUGUUAAGCAACAGAUUGCGAAAAGGGAGAAAGAUUUUGCUGAUCCUGAACAGCAGGAGGUUGUGUGUAAUGGGGAACUGCUUGAGGAUCAGAAGCUUAUAGAUGAUAUCUGUUGCAAAUAUAAUGAUGCAGUGAUACAUCUUUUUGUUAGAACAAAAUAUGCGGAUGUUAGUACAGGACUUGAUGAGUUGUCCAUUGAAGCAAAGGAGUUGAAUGAUGCUAAUGAAAGUGACUAUGGGCAAAAAUAUGAUGUUAGUGAAGAAGAUGCAGCUAGGGAGUACGAAGCUAUCGAGCGGAUUAUGUCGAGGAAAGCUCUUGAUAGAGGUCUUCUCUUGGAGCCUGUCAUUGUUAACCCUAAAGUUGAAUUAGCUUCAGAGGUUUGGGAUAUGAUAAACUCUACAUAUGAUGGGCUAGAUAGCGGAAAUUCUCCAAUCAGAUCGUCAGAGGGCACAGGUGGGGCUUACUUUAUGCUAGAUUCAACAGGGCAAAAAUACAUAUCUGUUUUUAAGCCUAUUGAUGAAGAGCCAAUGGCUAUGAAUAACCCUAGAGGCUUACCUUUGUCAUUAGAUGGUGAAGGCUUAAAAAAGGGUACAAGAGUUGGCCAGGGAGCUUUCAGGGAAGUUGCUGCUUAUAUUUUGGACCAUCCAAUGAGUGGCUGCCGGUCAUUAUUUGGUGAUGGCAAGGGCUUUGCUGGUGUUCCGCCGACCGUUAUGGCGAAGUCCUUGCAUAAAGGGUAUAACCAUCCAGAGGGUUUGACUGUUAAGUUUGGUUCCUUGCAAAUGUUCAUGGAGAAUAAUGGAAGUUGUGAGGAUAUGGGACCUGGUGCUUUUCCUGUGAAGGAAGUGCAUAAAAUUACUGUGCUGGACAUAAGACUUGCUAAUGCAGACCGGCAUGCUGGGAAUAUUUUGAUUGGCAGAGAGAAGGAAAAUUACCAGGCUGUUUUGAUUCCAAUCGAUCACGGAUACUGCCUCCCUACUAGUUUUGAAGAUUGUACCUUUGAAUGGCUUUAUUGGCCUCAAGCUCGCCAGCCGUACUCUCCAGAGAUCAUCGACUACAUAAAGUCCCUAGACGCUGAAGAAGAUACUGCUCUUCUGAAGUUUCACGGAUGGGAUCUGCCACUCGAAUGCGCCCGCACUCUCCGAAUCUCAACCAUGCUUCUAAAAAAAGGAGUGGAAAAAGGGAUGACCCCUUUCGCCAUUGGAAGCCUUAUGUGCCGAGAGUCCUUGAACAACGAGUCUGUGAUUGAAGGAAUUGUUAAAACAGCACUUGAAUCUGUUCUUCCUGGUACCAGUGAAGCUACUUUCAUGGACGCCGUUUCUGAAAUUAUAGACCAACACCUUGAUGAAGUCACCAGCAAUUAUAAAUCUUAA